GUGUGUAGUAUUAACAGCGUUUAAGGGGCAUUACAAACACACUUAAACCUUUAUGAAUUUGGUAAAACGGUAUGCUCCUUGAAAUGUUUAGUUAUAGACAUGCAAAAAAUUGCACUAGAUGGCGCACUUUAUUUGUUUUACCCAAAAAUCACUCAUUAAAAAUUAUAGGCCAGGAAAAGUCAAAACAAGGCGGCGUAUAUGAUCGUUUAAUAUCAAAAUCAAUGGUUUAUAAAUUGUGUAUCGGCCUAUUUCGAUUUUAAUUAUUUCAUAAAUUAUUAUUCUUUAAAAAUAUAAUAAGGAAUAUAAGUAUAAUCUGCGAUUUUAUCGUUCAAUGUAAAGUAAAUAAGACGAAACUGCUUUACUAAAUUAAAAACAUUCAUCCAGGUCGCGGGUCUCGAGUUUAGCAUCAUCACGCACUGUCCGAGGUAUGCUUAUCUCGGCACGCGAUUGCAGGAUUACCAUUUUAUCACAUCGAGAAAUGUUCCCACGACUCCGUAGUGUCCAAGCUAUCCCGUUAUCAUCCACUUGUCUAUUUAUGGAAGCCUGUGUUUAAGUAAUGUGUAUAGUGUGUAUGAGUGACAGAACACAAAAGGGCACAUGGUUAAAAGCUCGUUCAUCAAACAGAGAAAAGUUGAUACUGAGAGGAGUGUUGUUUUUAUAUAGCAAACAAAACGAACUAAUAGAGAAAGAGAAUCGGAGUCUGCGCCUAGUUACCUCCUUUCGACCUUCUCAACUUUUAACCCUGCCGCGCGCCAGCCUCGCGCUCAGUGAUGCUGACUGACAAGCGCAGAUUAUUUACUUAACCAUCUCGAACCGAUGCAAAAAUUCUGCACAAGAAAGGUAAGUAUAGCCUAUUGCAAUUUUCAUCUAAUGUGACGUAUAACAUAUCUCUCCAUUGUUUUGGAUAUUUGGGGAAGCAUUUACAGGGAGAUACCCGUGGUAUUCGCGCAGUAGCCUGUGUUGCUGAGCUUUUGUUAUCAUUAUUUUAGUGAGGGUUUAGACAUGGCUUGUCAUGAGUGUGUGAAUGAAAAAUGUGUGACGACAGAGCAGGCAUCAUCCUAACCGGAGACAGAAAAUGGAUGGAGAAAAUAGAAAUACGACAGAAGGGAAGAGAACAGGAUCGGGGUCUGAGAAAAGAAAGAAUGCGAUAAAUAAUCACUCUGAAAUAUUUUUGUCAUCGGCACUGAAGGAUGUUUGUAAUAUAUUUGGAAUAAACAAUUUGGGCGCUUUUUAAAUUACGCCUUCAAUUUGUUUCGACAGCAUGGGUUGUGUUCUUCUGGCGAUAUGGCACAUGUAGAGUUCGGUUCUGUACAGUCCUGUUCUGGUGGCGCUUCUCCAGGGAUGGAUUUUGAAAAGGAGAAAGAUCCUGGACAUCACAGUGGGAACAAAACCGGGUCACCGCCAUCGCAAUCUCAGCUCUCCCAACAGGGGAUGGAGGGAAUCAAAGUUUAUUUGCACGAAAGAGAUCUGUGGGCAAAAUUUCAUGAUGUCACUACAGAGAUGAUCAUCACUAAAGCUGGCAGACGGAUGUUUCCCAGCUAUAAAGUAAAAGUAACAGGUCUUAACCCCAAAGCGAAAUAUAUCUUACUGAUGGACAUUAUUGCAGCCGACGAGCACCGGUAUAAAUUUGCCGAUAACAAAUGGUCUAUAAGUGGUAAGGCUGAACCUGCGAUCCCAGGCAGACUGUAUGUCCAUUCAGACUCACCGGCCUCAGGUGCUCACUGGAUGAGACAGCUUGUCUCUUUCCAGAAACUCAAGCUCACCAACAACCACCUGGACCCUUUCGGACAUAUCAUCUUAAACUCCAUGCAUAAAUACCAGCCUCGCCUACACAUAGUGAAGGCUGAUGAAAGGAACAGCUUUGGCUCUAACAACACGAGUUUCUGCACACACUCCUUUCCUGAGACGGCCUUCAUCGCUGUUACUUCCUACCAGAACCACACAAUCACUCAGCUGAAGAUCGAGAAUAAUCCAUUUGCAAAAGGUUUCCGUGGAAAUGAUGAUAUCGAACUGCAUCGCAUGUCUCGUACACCAAGUAAGGAGUACCCACUAAUUCCACGUACUACUGCCAGACAAAAAGUGGCUCCUCCUUCUCCAGACUGUCCAUCUCUGUCCGAAUACACCAUGCCACAAAAACCCAGCCCUGGCUACGCCUGCUCCGACACUUCAGGUGAUCAUGACCACACCCUCACUGAAACUCCUCCCAUUAGUGACCCCACAUACCACCCCUUCACCUAUCAGGUUUCUCCUGAAGUGGCCCCCUGUAAUAUGGAUACUGCACAGAAUCAGCCUUGCAUGUAUGGAGGCGCUCAGGUGGCCACGGAGGACCUUAGGUGGGCAUCUUACAUGGACAGCAAUACUUACCAAAGCUUUUCCUCCGCUAAAGAAAUGGUUGGGAAUUUUGGUCUCGACUUCUCUCAGGAACUGUAUCCGCAAUACACCUGCGAGGUGGGUGUCCAGUCGCACUGCAUGAUGAGCGAUUUCCCGCUUUACGCUUGCAAUCGAUCAUUCAGCCAAAAUCAACAAACAAACAGCUGGUGUGGAGGCAGCUGAGCAAGUACGUGGGAUGUGUGUGUGUUUGCGUGAGAGACCAAGAGUCUGUGAAUCGUUUUCGUAACUUCCUAAUAACUUCAUCCUGAAAUCAGAAAGUAUUUUGCCCCGCAGUUUCUGUCUAGUUGUUAAUCACAUGCAGUUUGUCAGUUUACAUCUGUCAUAUUAUUCUGUUAUGAAGUCACAAUAAACACCAACAAAUUUCAACAUAAAAUAGAUAUUAAGUAGAUUUAAGCAGGGUUUCUUUUAUUUAUUAGUAUAAUAGGUUCUAAUAAAAAGGUUGUGCGUGUUGUGGCUUUACAAAUGCUUUGCUGCAUACCUCGGUUGUAACGAGUGGUUAUUUCAGUCACAAUUGCUCUUCUAUCAGCUUGAAUCAGUCGGUCCAUUCUCCUCUGACCUCUAGCAUCAACAAGGCAUUUUCCCCCACAGGACUGCCGCAUACUGGAUGUUUUUCCUUUUUCACACCAUUCUUUGUAAACCCUAGAAAUGGUUGUGUGGAAAAUCCCAGUAACUGAGCAGAUUGUAAAAUACUCAGACCGGCCCGUCUGGCACCAACAACCAUGCCACACUCAAAAUUGCUUAAAUCACCUUUCUCUCCCAUUCUGACAUUCAGUUUGGAGUUCAGGAGAUUGUCUUGACCAGGACCACAGCCCUAAAUGCAUUGAAGCAACUGCUAUAUGAUUGGUUGAUUAGAUAAUUGCAUUAAUGAGAAAUUGAACAGGUGUUCCUAAUAAUCCUUUAGGUGAGUGCAUUGCCAAAUGUUUUGGGACACCCCUCCAAAUCAUUGAAUCCAGGUGUUCCAUUCACUUCCAGUGAAAGGAACUCUUAAUGCUUCAUCAUACCAAGACAAUUUCAUGCUCCCAACUUUUUGGGAACAAUUUGGGGAUGGCCCCUUCCUGUUCCAACAUGACUGUGCACCAGUGCACAAAGCAAGGUCCAUAAAGACAUUGAUGGAGCAAAGGAACUUGACUGGCCUGCACAGAGUCCUGUCCUCAACUCAAUAAAACAUCUUUGGGAUGAAUUAGAGCGGAGACUACAUGUGAGACCUUCUCGUCCAACAUCAGUGUCUGGCCUUACAAAUGUGCUUUUAGAUGAAUGGUCAAAAAUUCCCAUAAACACACUCCUAAACCUUGUAGAAAGUCUUCCAAGAAGAGUUGAAGCUGUUAUAGCUGCAAAGGGUGGGCCAACUCCAUAAUAAACCCUAUGGAUUACUAAUGGGAUGUCAUUCAGGUUCAGGUGCAUAUAAAGGCAGGUGUCCCAAAACUUUUGGCAAUAGAGUGUAUGUACUUUUUAUGUUGAUGAUCAAUAAAUGUCUAUAUAAUUACAAAAUAGUUUACAGUUACAACCAAAAAGGGUUUAUAGGCCUGAAGCUAUAGGAGAACCUUAGUUUCACAAAGUUUUAUUCUCUAGUUCUUUAGUAAGCCACUUAUGUACCCAAUCUGAAGAACCUAUAAUGAAUGAUCAGGAACAUUUUAUUCUCCAAAGAACCUUAUAGCGGAAUAAAGAACAACAAAUGAUGGUUUUUAGUUUGAAGAUUUCAGAACAACAAGGUGCUGCAGAACUCAUUGAUCACUGAAUUUUUAACACUGUUCCUUACAAUGACAUUGACUGAUCCUAACAGAAAGAUUUGUCUGUUCACUAACACUGUGGAGCAAGUAAAUUUCAGUGGAUAAAUGAAAGAUUUACAUGUGAAACUGAAAACAAAAUUGGAAAACAUUUCCUCUCAUCCCGAACCUUGUGAUGGACCUUUGCAUGUCCCCUGCUUCUUUAGUGAUGUGUUGAGUUUUGUGUAUAUUUGUAGAUGAUAACUGGAAUAUCUUCCAGUGAAUUUUGUAAAUUUCUCUUAUCAUUGCCACACACCUUGAUAGUUAUAAGAUAUUUUUUGUAAAAAAAAAAAAAAAAUGUUUUCUGAUGGUGGGUUGUUUCACUGUGGUCAGUAGUUUUAGAAGUUUAGAGAUAAUGCUGUGUAAUAAUAUUUUACUUCAGUUAUCCUAUAAAAAACACUAACAAGUAUUCAAUAUUCUGUCAGAUAUAAAACUUUAAAUAUUCUACCCACCUCAACUGUACAUAAACCACAGAUGGAUUUUAUGGGGGUCUUUUAUUUUGUUUAGUUUUAUCUGUUAUGAUGAAAAAAAGUGAAUGCUGUGUACUGCACGUGUCACAUUCAAUUAAGGGAGCAGUGAUGUUACCAAUCCUGUCAUGGCCCAAGGCGCAAGAUAAAGAGAGAGAGAGAUAGUGAGAGAGACUGGGCAGUGGUUUCAGCUGGACAUUUAUUUAUAGACACACUGAGCAAUAAGAAUUUAAAAAAAGUUUUUCAUGUUGUGAAAUUAAUGUUGAAAUUAUUUAUUAUAAUGAGCUAUUUAUUGAUUUUAAAUUCACAAAUUGUGCUUAUAUUUAUUUCUAAUGCACUUGUUUAAUUUAUUGAGCAUUUCUUUUUUUUGCUUUAGAGUUUCUGUGUUUUGUGAGGUGUUUUUUUUUUUUUUGAAAUUUGACUAUGAAUAUGAGGCUAAAA